ACUGUUUUACAGUUUAGAAAGUAUGUAUAUAUGUAUACAGAACACUUACUUUCCCCACUCCACCCCCAGGAAAUGCAUUCUCGUUCACCACUUCUCUACUCAAUACUGUUCUCUAUUCGCUUCAAACAGAUUCAGCAACAGUGUAACGGAGCAAUGGCUUUCAAAGAAACUACUUUUACUUUGCUUCUAAUUUUUGUUCAAUGUGUUCCCUAUUGUGUAUCAGUAAAGGAAAUAAUUGCAUACGUGGGAAGAAAUGCUUACCUUCAUCUGGACAAAAGCAAUGUAAAGAGUAAUGAUACUAUUCAGUGGAAAAAAGUAGAUACAAAUACACGUAUCUGUACAAUGAAACAUAUAGAUUCAUGUCAACAUGAUGUAAGGAAAAGUCUCUACCAAAAUGGAACUCUGACAUUGAAGACAGUGACAGAAGAUGAUGCAGGACUAUAUUCAGUAGAACUCUUCAAAGAUGGAAUGUCUCUUAUUGUAGAGAAAAUAAAUCUAACCAUAAAGGAAUUGCCUAAACUAAUGAUCAAAGAGAAUUGUGACAAUGAUAUUGUUCUUACUUGCAAUGUGGAGAACAAUACGUAUGUUAAGAACUUUAACUGGACACUGAAUAAUAAAUAUCUGAGUCGUACCCAGGCAGAAUUCACUGUGAACAAAGAAAAUGUGACAUUGAGGACAACAUUUAAAACCAGUGACAAAUUUGUCUGCAUUGCUGAAUUUGCAAAUGGGAGUAUACAAAGUGAGCCUAAAGCACUUGCAUGUAAAGUUCAAGCAGACAUCGAUUGGUUCCUGAUUGGAAGUAUAGCAGGAGGAGGACUCCUGGUGUUGGUCUUGAUUGUGGUGAUUUUCUGUAUCUGCUGGAAAAAAAGACAGCGACAACAAAGUCCGGAUGAGGAGCUUCCAACUAUGUCAACUAUUCAGACUGAAGGAGAGACAAGAUUGCAGCCGCCCCCAAGGUCGCAUUCUCAGCCAAAAUCACAAGCUCAGCCAAGAUCACAAGCUCAGCCAAGAUCACAGCCAAGAUCCCAGCCAAGAUCCCAGCCAAGAUCCCAGCCUCCACCAAAAUCCCAACUGCCUGGGGAUCGGUUAAUGUUGAUGGAAUAUGAGGAGGAACUGCCACCACCCAGACCAAGACCAAGGCAAAAAGCUCCCGUUCCAAAUGUGCAAUAUUAAAUGGCUGAUUUGCUGUUAGGCGCUAAACAUGUAUGUAUGUUUAGGGUGUUAGCAAACAUGUAAUUUUUAUCACAUGAAAUAACUUAACAAAGGAGUGUCCAUAUAUGACACAAAUUUGCUCCUACCUAAAUAUAGUCGAUUUAUGUUCAGAUAACCCUUGGUGAGCAAGGCCAUAGCCAACAAUGUAAAAUCACUGAGUAAGUUACAGUGUCUAUUGGUGACAAACCCCAAACCCCUACCUAAAAUGACGUAAUAAUAUUCACAACCUGGGUCCUCUAAACUAUUAGAAUUGUUCAAACUUGCAUAAAAUGGGUCUGCUAAACUGCAGUUUACAAGCCACUUCCACUCGCGCUUUAGAAUUUGAAUAUUAAUAAGAGGGGUUCACUAAAUUUAGGGCAACCAAGGUCAUUUAUAAUUCUGUAUUAUCAUGCUGAUAUAUACUUCUUUUUAAUUAAAAUUAUUACUUUGCUUCACCUAGUAAAAAAGUUGCUAAUAAUCCUUGGAUGUUUCAAAGCCAUUCAAACACGUUUAACUAGCUAUGGUGGUAUGAACUGGGCCGUACAGUGUCGCUGUAGUCUGCAAUGACAGUAAAGGAUUUUGAAGAGCACAGAGGCUAUAGAUAUCAGUGAGACUUUUAAUGUAUGCACACAACAAGGGUUGAAAUGCAUUUUACUUUGCGGCAAAGCAACGUCUAAAAGAGCCUAAAUAAAUCAUUAUCAGUACGAUUUUAAACGAGGCCCGUGCCUCGGGUGCCUCAUAAGCAUUGGUGAUGAUAACAAUUUUUUUUAACUUUUUUUUUUUUUAAUGAAUUGGCCUUUUCAUUUGAAUGCGGCUUUUGCGCUUAUGCAUACAGCUUUUUUAUAUAACAUAAAACGCCAGCAGCAAAAUAAAUGUCAUUAAUACUGAUUGAUUGAGUUUGAACCAAAAAAAAGUAUCAGUCCAUUUGGAUAAAUCAGACAUGUUUCUCAUCAUCAGAUAUGUAAUCUUCCAGUGGUAGGUCAUUUUUCUUUUGACUUUAUUUGUAUACAACAUACCCCUUAACUUUGUUACAACUUUGCCACACCUUCACUCGGUGUAGCAAAAACAUUCUGUCCAUCUGUAAAGGCAAUAUAAUGCUGUUGGCUACUUUGUUUAUUACAAAAAAAAAAAAAAUGGUUGCUAUAACAAAAAAUGUAAUAAGCAA